AUGGAGAUCCAACAUUACUCUCACCAGCAUAAGCUAACAUUCUUAGGCAGUGAAGACCAAACUGAUGGUGGCGAGAGAAUUUAUUGCCAUCUGUGUUACGAACCAAUAACGGCUGCAAGCUACAACUGCCGAGAGUGCAAUUACUCCCUUCACGAGAGUUGUGCAAAGCUAAACGAUAAGAUCUGGCACCGUUUUCAUCGACAACACAGGCUCACUCUUUGUCUAGGUCCCGGGACAUGUCAUAUUUGCGCUAUUAACAAUUACCGAGAAAAUAACCUCAUGUAUGUUUGUGAUGAUUGCGACUUCGGAGUGGACGUCAAAUGUGCCUCGUUGUCAUCAAAAUGCGAUCACCCACACCAAUUUGUUCUUCUCAUGAGGUCGGAAGCUAUUAGAUGCGAUGUGUGUGGCAUCGACUGUGACCUUGCUGAUAGUGUAUCACAGCCUCAUAUAUGUACUGUGUGUCAUCUUGUGGUCCAUGCUAAUUGUAUAUCAACACCACAAGGAAUCUCUUUAAGACAGCAUCGUCAUCCUCUCGUCCACGCUUGUGUCAUUCAAGAAAGUGAAGGUGUCAAGUCCCAAUGCAGAAUUUGUCGUGAUGAGGUGAGCACGAUUUAUGGUUGCUAUUAUUGCUCGGAACCAGAAUGUAAUUUCGUCGUCCAUGUGAACUGUGCAUUACAAAAUGAAGACCAUGCGGUACAAAACCCAGUUGGGGACCAAGAUGAAGAUCAGCUGUUAAUCCUUCCUAAACAUAAUUACUCAGAUAUGGUUCUCUCUUUUAGGAAUUUGAAACCAUUUCAGCCGCCUUGGUCCAAGAAGAUUAAACCUGAAGAAGAAGAUCACAAAGUACCCGAAGAGAUCAAGCAUUUUAGUCAUCCCCACAACUUAACCCUCUCUGAUGAUGAGAUUGAUGUUCACAAUAACAAGUACUAUUGUGAUGGAUGCAUUCUACCUAUCUCAAACCCCUUUUACAGUUGUGCAGAAUGUGACUUCCUGCUUCACGAAACCUGCCUUCAAUUACCAACAUUCGUUUAUCCCUUGGAUGGAUCCGACAUCUUUACUUUAAAAGCGUGGAGGGAUAAUGGUGGCAUUUUCUUUUGUUCUGCCUGCCAUAAUCAAAGCCAUGGCUUCAUUUACAAGAGUAAUGCGUUCGGCACCGAAAUUUGUAUUCGGUGUGUUUCAGUUCCGCAGAAAUUCAAACAUGCCGGUCACGAGCAUAUCCUCCCUCUGAUUCAACGUACCAAGUUUCCUUGUAAUGCUUGUGGUUCUCUUGAAAAAUGGUUGUCCUUUGGAUGCCCUGAAUGUUUAUUCGGCUUGUGCUACAAAUGCGCCACACUUCCUGGUACAAUAAAGCACUCAAGUUUUGGCGAUCAAUAUGUACUCACCUAUCAUGACUCCAUUGAUAAUGCUUAUGGAGAUGGUGAGUAUUAUUGUGAUUUAUGCGAAAAGGCUAGAGAUCCAAUGCAUUGGUGUUAUUACUGUGCUGAAAUUGAUUAUCGUGCUCAUCCCAAAUGUGCUCUUGGUAAGUAUCCGUAUCUCAAACCAGGCCGUGAAUACCACUUAUAUCCUUUCUCUUCCGUACUUGAAAGAUCUUCGGAGCACAAACUGUGUGCCACGUGUAGUGCAUUUUGCAAGCUAACACUUCCACCGAAGAAGAUAGUUGAAAGCUUCCAUGAACAUGCUAUUCACCUUGCCCAUAAAUCUUCUUUUAAAGAAUCUAGCAUCGAGUUCUUUUGUGAUGCUUGUCUGGAUCAGAUAAUAGAAGAGCAGCUGUUCUACCGCUGUUGGCAAUGUGGAUUUUGCGGUCAUCUGAAAUGUGUUCUUGGCGAUGCCUUCAUCGAAAAUGCUCUUCACCAUAAAGGUCGGAUACUCACUUUUGUCCAGAUGACAAGAAAUGACCUUCCCUGCAUUUCAUGUGGCGAAGACUGUGAAGAUUUAUCACUGGCAUGUCCCAAUACCGAGUGCAGCUUCCUCAUUCACUAUGACUGCAGAACGAAUCUUCCGUGGCCAUUGUAG